UUUUGCGAUAAAAUCUUUAAGAAAAAAAUAGUUUCGCUACCGGUGACUAAACUGUUUCAGUUGCUUUUUGUGCAGUGCAGUGAUGUGGGCCGUCAUCGUAAUAGUUUUUUUAUUUUUCUAUCUCAUCACUCUGACUACCCAACGACCACCAGCAUACCCACCAGGUCCUGGUCUAUUGCCUUUCAUUGGUAAUAUUUUAACAGUAUGGUAUAAUCAUAAAAAGUUAAAAUAUCGCCAUAAAGUAUGGCAAACCUUGUCGCAAAAGUAUGGAGAUAUAUUGGGCUUGCAGCUCGGGUCUAUUAAUGUUGUAGUUGUGUCAGGCAAGGAUUACAUAAAGGAAGUAUCGUCGAGGGAAGUCUUCGAAGGUAGACCUGAUGGCUUCUUUUAUCUGAUGAGAUCAUUCGGAAAGAAAUUAGGCAUAGUUUUCGCUGAUGGACCGUAUUGGAAUAAAAGAAGGCGGACCGUGUUGAAGUAUUUGAAGCAUUACGGCUACGGUUCCAAGGCUAUGGAGGCUCAGAUAAGCGAGGAAUGUCAGGCGCUGACCAAACUAAUAGAGAACAGCGCAGGGCGGGCAGUUUGCGUCAACAAACUGUUCAAUGUGUGCAUUGUUAAUGUCGUUUGGCGCUUGGUAGCAGGAAAAAGAUAUGAGCUUACGGAUGAACGUUUGAAAUCAUUAUGUGAUCUGAUAACACGAUCGUUCAAAGUGGUCGACAUGAGCGGCGGAGUAUUGAACUUUCUGCCGUUCCUCAGGCACAUAAUGCCCGAUCUCAUCGGGUAUACCGAACUUAUGAACAUCAAUCAUUCUAUAUACGCUUAUUUAAAGGAAGUAAUCGAGGAACAUCGGACUAAUCUAGACGAUAAGAAUCCAAGAGAUGUCAUUGACGCAUUUCUUAUUGAAAUGAAAAACCAAGAAGAUAAAACAUUGACUGCUGAGGAACUUCAGGUGGUUUGUCUAGAUUUGUUAGAAGCAGGCGUGGAAACUGUCAGCAACACAGCGGUCUUCCUCUUGCUGUAUGUGGUCAGGGAACAAAGAGUGCAAGAUCGCUUGCAAAUGGAAAUCGACAAGGAAAUCGGUCAUUCACGCCUACCAGCCCUCAGUGACAGAUCUAAGUUAAUUUAUACAGAGGCAGUUUUAUUGGAAGCGUUACGAAUUUCGACCAUUGCCGCAAUGGGAAUACCGCAUAUGGCCCUGGAGGAUGCGAAACUUGGCAAAUACGUUAUACCUAAGGGUACAUUUCUGCUGCUUGCAUUCUAUGAUCUUCACAACGGAAAACAUUGGAAAGACCCAACAGUUUUUCGACCGGAACGUUUUCUAACAAAAGAAGGAAAUUUAAUUCAAGACGAUUGGCUGAUGCCAUUUGGUACAGGACGUAGACGUUGCAUCGGAGAAGGACUGGCGCGAUCGGAACUCUUUCUGUUUUUAACACACAUCUUGCAGAAGUUUCGACUCAAAGUACCGGAGGGCACACCCCAGCCCUCUACUGUACCAAUCGAAGGCGUCACUCUCACUGCUCAAGAAUUUAAUAUCAUUUUUGAACCGAGAUAUUGAUCCCGCCGUAAUUAAAAGUAGAAUGUUUUGUUGUGUAUUGUGUUUUACUUAUUUAAAAGGAUAGGUCUUUUUUUUGUUUUCUGUUUUCGAAUGCGUUAUUUUCUUAAGG